AUGCAUGAACUUGAGUGCUCUGCUCCACCGCACAAGAAGCGAGUCAUCUGGACGAAGCAACUGAACACCGACUGGUGGGACAGCAUCGUGUGUCACAUAUUUGAUGCUGCACAGUGGCGAGAGAACUUUAGAAUGACACGAGAAAAUUUUUGCCAGCUGGUCGCUGCCGUGAUGCCUUUCAUGUCUCCAGAGUCAAAUUAUGUGAGGCCACCCAUUCCAGUGGACAAACGUGUUGCUAUUGCAGUAUACAAAAUUGCCAGCUGCGCCGAGCACCGAAUUGUAGCCAACCAAUUCGGUGUUCACAAGAGCACCGUGAAGAAAUUUGUGUAUCUUUUCUGCGUCACUGUUAAGAGACACUUGGCAAAGAAGUACAUCAAGAUGCCAUCAGCACAGGAGGCAACCCGCAUAGCAGAGAGAUUUGAGGAGAAGUGCCACCUCCCCCAAAUAUUUGGUGCUAUUGAUGGUACCCACGUCCCCAUCACGGCACCGAAGAAGGGAUACAGGGACUUCACAAACCGGAAGUGUUGGUCAUCCUACAAUGUGCAAGCAGCAGUUGAUGACCGUGGGCAGUAA